UCCGCCCGGAGGGGGGGGCGGGCUGCGCGAGCGAGCGUGGGCCGGGAGGGCCAGAGAGCCAGCGCUGGAGAUGGGCUUUUAAUGGUGGAGAAAGAAUACUGAGUUCAGCAGGGAAUUCUGCAGCUGUAGGAGGAUAACAGUACUUAAAGGCUUCUGGCUCCAGGGAGCAGCAUCAGGGCCAGGGUGACAAUGGUCUCAGUGACUAUGGCCACUUCCGAGUGGAUCCAGUUCUUUAAGGAAGCCGGCAUUCCUCCAGGACCUGCUGUCAAUUACGCCGUGAUGUUUGUGGAUAAUAGGAUCCAGAAGAGCAUGCUUCUUGAUCUGAACAAGGAAAUCAUGAAUGAGCUGGGCGUGACCGUGGUGGGCGACAUCAUCGCCAUCCUCAAGCAUGCCAAGGUGGUGCACCGUCAGGACAUGUGCAAAGCUGCCACUGAGUCGGCGCCCUGCAGCCCCAGCCCCCUCCCAGGCGAGAUUCGCCGAGGCACCUCCAGCGCCGCCUCCCGAAUGAUUGCCAAUAGCCUGAACCGUGACUCCCCACCUGGAACUCCCCCCAGGCGGUCAGACACCAGCACCUCUAAGAUCUCCGUCACUGUGUCCAACAAGAUGGCAGCAAAGAGUGCCAAGGCCGCUGCUGCACUGGCCCACCGGGAGGAGGAGAGCAUGGCUGUUCCCACCAAGAGACGCAGGGUGACUGCUGAGAUGGAGGGGAAAUACAUCAUCAACAUGCCCAAAGGCACCACCCCCCGGACCCGCAAAAUCCUGGAGCAACAGCAGGCGGUGAAAGGUAUCCACAGGACAUCUGUGUUUGACCGCCUCGGCGCCGAGACCAAGGCAGACACAACGACGGGGAAUAAACCCACGGGAGUCUUCAGCCGCCUGGGGGCUACCCCAGAGAUGGAUGAGGAUCUGGCUUGGGACAGCGACAAUGAGAGCAGCAGCUCUGUCCUACAAUAUGCUGGGGUCCUGAAGAAGUUAGGCCGGGGCCCAACCAAGACCAGUCCCCAGCCAGCGCUCACUGUCAAAGCCAAGGCCACAAGCUCAGCGACAAUGGCCAACACCCCGACACUGCGGCGCCUGGCCCUUUCCUCUCGCCCAGGGCUCGAGAGGAAGCCAGAGUCUCUGUCCAAAGUCAGCAUCAUCAAGAGACUAGGCAAGACCGCCCUUGUCCCUGAGGCCCAGGACAGCCAGGUCACAAGCACCAAGAGUAAGUCCUCAGCCAAGGUCAAGGUCACCAUUAAGAGGACUCUAGGGACCCGGGGGAGCAGCUCCAGCGAGGGCCUUGGUGCCCAGAUGGACCACGCAGGCACUGUGAGCGUGUUCAAAAGACUGGGCCGCAGGACCUUCUAGCCCAUGGGUGGGGCGCAGGCCCCUGUCCAGGCUCUUGGCUCCGUCAGUCUUCAGUGAGGGCGUGGCCCCGCUUCUGGAUGGCACUGCUGGUCUUCCUCAGGCAUUUGGGCCAGGUCCCAGUUUUGUGGGGAUGCAUCUCGUUUUUCUGAGUCUGAGGUGGUCGUUGUAGCCUGGCCUUGCCACUCUGGGACUUUCGCUUCUCUCAUGUCCUCUGUUCUGUCCUCUCUGACUGUGGCCUUGGCAAGGCCCAGUUUUCUACCUCUCCCAAAUGCCGAGUGCCCUUUUCCUCUCCCACAUCCCUCUCCCUCCCUCCCUCUCAGCAGCAUCCACUGCCUCAAACCCCAGCUCCUUGGCCUUUUGGUCCCCCAGAGUGGGUGCCACCUGGUGGGUUUCCCUCAUCUGUCCCCACUCUGCCACUUCCUGACGUCCCUACUCCUCUGUUCCCCAGCUUUUACUACUUUAACUUUUCUGUCUCCCCCUCUUCACUCUGUUCAUUUCUCUUCUGUUUUCUGUCCCUGUGGCAAGGCCCGACUGUGCGCUGCAUCCUGCCUGACCCUCCUGCACCUCCGGCCUCCCAGCGGCCUCCUCGUCGACAGUGGCGUCGGGUCUGUAGAGACUGUUAGCAGGCCUCACUUCCAGGCUGGAGGCACCGCCUCAGACCCUGGG